UUCUUUGGUAGUAGUAAGAAAGAAAUAAACAGUGAUACCAUUUGUAUGGUCUGAAACCAACUGGUUAUGGCUCUUAGGAUAGGACCCGGAAUCGGUGCCGUGCCGACUCACCGAGUCACCAUGACCACCGCUACUACUCUUCCCCCUCCCCACAGUCUCAUCUUCUUCAAGACCUUCCCCACCAUUUCUCCACGCUGCUUCCGUCUCGACUCGCUCAGAACUCGUCUUCCGCUCAGAGUCAGAGCUUCCUCCGACUCGCCGCCUUCUUCUCCAGCAAGAGAAAUCGAAAAUUUGGUAAUAAUUGGCUCAGGUCCUGCUGGAUACACUGCUGCGAUAUAUGCAGCACGUGCUAAUUUGAAGCCUGUAGUUUUUGAGGGGUAUCAAGUAGGUGGUGUUCCUGGGGGACAAUUAAUGACUACCACUGAAGUGGAGAACUUUCCCGGGUUUCCUGAUGGGAUAACUGGUCCAGAUUUAAUGGACAGGAUGCGACGGCAAGCUGAGCGCUGGGGAGCAGAAUUGUUCCAAGAAGAUGUUGAAUUGGUUGAUGUGAAAAAUAGUCCUUUUACUAUCCAAAGUAGUGAGCGUAAGGUUAAGUGCCACAGUAUAAUUUACGCCACAGGAGCAACUGCAAGAAGACUAGGCUUACCUCGUGAAGAUGAAUUUUGGAGUAGGGGAAUCAGUGCAUGUGCAAUUUGUGAUGGAGCAUCACCAUUGUUCAAAGGCCAAGUACUUGCUGUGGUUGGAGGUGGUGAUACAGCUACAGAGGAAGCCUUAUACUUAACCAAGUAUGCCCGUCAUGUUCAUUUACUUGUACGCAGGGAUCAGCUAAGGGCUUCUAAAGCAAUGCAAGACAGAGUGUUCAACAAUCCAAAUAUCACUGUGCACUUCAAUACAGAGACUGUGGAUGUUGUUAGCAACAUGAAGGAUCAGAUGUCUGGCAUUUUAGUUCGUAAAAGUGAUACUGGGGAAGAAUCAGUGCUUGAGGCAAAGGGAUUAUUUUAUGGUAUAGGUCAUUCACCGAAUAGUCAACUCUUGGAAGGCCAAGUUGAGCUGGACAGAUCUGGCUAUAUUGUAGUUGAGGAGGGCUCUGCUAAAACUUCUGUUGAUGGUGUAUUUGCAGCUGGUGAUGUACAGGACCAUGAAUGGAGGCAAGCUGUAACUGCUGCUGGGUCUGGAUGCAUAGCUGCUUUAUCAGUUGAGAGAUAUCUCGUUAGCCAAGGACUCCUAAUUGAAUUUCAUCAGCCACACACUGAGGAGGUCAAGAAGGAGCUCACAACAAGGGAUGUCAAAGAGGGCUUUGACAUUACUAUGACAAAGCAUAGGGGGCAGUAUGCUCUACGUAAAUUGUACCAUGAAAGUCCUAGACUCAUAUUGGUACUAUACACAUCGCCAACUUGUGGUCCAUGUAGGACUUUGAAGCCAAUUCUCAGUAAGGUAAUAGAUGAUUAUGAUCAGAAUGUACAUUUUGUUGAAAUUGAUAUUGAGGAAGAUCCAGAAAUAGCAGAAGCAGCUGGGAUUAUGGGUACACCUUGUGUUCAGUUCUUCAAAAACAAAGAGAUGCUCAGGACUGUUUCGGGAGUCAAAAUGAAGAGCGAGUACAGAGAAUUUAUCGAAGCAAAUAAAUAAGAAGAGACUGAAGAGUAUCUCAAGAUGCCAAUUGGCUGGAAGUUUGCUUUCUGUGAUUCAAUUUUGUUCUCUUUAAAAGUUUAAACUGGCUUGUCCAAUAAUCCUUCAAUUUUCACAAUGAAUCUAGUUGUCAUUCAUUGAUCAAUUACACUGUAAAUUCUACUCCCAGAGUUUGCCAAAUGCAUUGAUCCGGAUUUUCUAUUUCCAAAA